AUGAGGGAUUUUGUAACAGGAACCUCUGUGGUCUCAUUCAGAUAUAAGGAUGGAAUCAUAAUGGGAGCAGACGCCAAGGCAUCUUACGGGCGCCUAACAAAGUUCAAUGGGGUUCAGAGGAUGUUUAAAUUUGGAAGCAGGACACUCGUGGGAAUUUCCGGGGAGGUGAGUGAUAUGCAGUACUUGAUAAAAACAUUAAAUAUCCUGACAGAGGAGGACAACAGAGAAAUAGAUCCAAAGGGUUAUCACAAAAUGGUUCAAAGAAUACUAUAUUCAGCCCGAAGUAGGAUCAGCCCGUUAAAUCUAAGUGUCUGUGUGGGAGGAGUGAAGACAGUAAGAAACUCCGAGGAGGAAUUUGAGACCAAUGAGAAGACACUUGGAUGUGUAGAUCGUCUGGGGAACUUCUACUUUUCGGAUGUAAUAUGUACAGGAAUAGGAAGCUAUCUGGCUCUUCCGUUUCUUAGGAGUAAGGUAGAAGGAAGAGAACAAGAGAUAACAAGAGAGGAGGCAAUCCGUCUUGUUGAGGAGGCCAUGGAGAUUCUUUGUUAUAGGGACUGUAAUGCGUCGAAUGAGGUGCAGAUUGGAUAUGCCGACAGCCAAGGAGUUCACAUAUCAGAUCCAUAUCUAAUCAAAACCAACUGGGACGUUGGAGUAAGAGAGGAUGAAAUUGUUAUUGAAUAA